AUGCACAAGAUGGCAAACCAUAGGCAUGGACGUGAUGGAAAAGAAAAAAAUACAGACGGAGGAUCAUCAGUUGCAGAUCUAUUACUUCAUCCUGAGCUUCUGUCCAAUGACUUCAUCAAGUUGAUUUUACACGAGAGGAAUAUUCAGGUAGACAGUGAUGGCAAUCAAGACCAGCUAACGGAUCUCUAUAUGCGGCACGUCAUCCCUCUGCCUCAGCGCGAACUGCCAAACAGCCGCUGGGGGAAGAAGAUGCAGAAGACUAGAGUGGGACAGAGCUCCUACAGUCACAGCUCAACCAGGGAUCUAGGAAGGAAGAGGCCACUGAUUGUGUUUGACAGCAGCUCCACAGGAAGUGGUAAACUGAAAAAGCCUGACACCUCACCUGGGGUGACAGACCGCCUGAAGCCACCUCCAUCGAUGAAUCUGACCAAUCCUAUUCGCAAGCUUCCAGGCUCCUCAUCCAAUUCUUCGUCAUCAUCGUCUUCGUCAUCAUCAACAACAUCAACAACAACACCAACAACAACACCGCAAAGUCCCAGUGGCCUUCCAUUAUCAGGGCUUUCCAAUUCAGCCACGGCAAAAUUAAAGAGGCCCGGAGAGAGUGACUGCAGUCAGGGGGAGCUGAUGUCCCCUGAUGUGAAAAAGAAGAUCCAGCACGUGUCUUGGCCCUGACCCUGCACAGCGGUGCUGCCCCAGAUAGGAGCCUGCCCUGGGGCAGGAUGGAGAUGGGACAUGGACAGAUCACCUCCAGGUGGUAUCCGUCAGACAGACUCUAGCCACCAAAAAGAGUAUCAGUCUGGGAUUGUGUGGAGAUCUCAUGCCCUACAUGAUGCAUGUUCUCACGUCAGCCUGUCUGUCCUUAGAGAGUCAACACUCAGACCCACGCCUCAAAAGUGCACUCCAAAUGUCUUGAAAAAAUGUCCUGUGCACUUGCACAAGUCUCACGCUUCGUAUUGACUGAACUUGCCAGUUCGUCUUGAUGAGCACCAAGUCCAUAUAAAAGGACAUCAGUUAAAAAAUGAGUAGAUGAUGCUGUUCAGGAACCAGAGAAGCCUGCCCCUGUGGGAAUAUGGUGUCAAAAGUGGAACAACCUAUCCCGAAAAUGUUUGUGCCAGCGGUUUUAUUUUAUGAACUACGUAACCAUAGUGACAUCCCCUGUCGGUGUGGAUUUGCGUGUGUUGUCACAUGAUUUGACUUUUGAAUGUGUUUGUGCGCUUUGAGAGCAGAGUGCUUUUACUGAACCAUUUGACUGAUGUGGCAAAUGAUGACAGCUGUUAGGUCUUAUCGUGGGUAGUUUUUAGCUCCCUUGGCUGUCUUCACAAACUUGAGCUUCUUGUGUUGCAGGCGGUUUUAACUUUUAAUGCAGUUGGUUGGAUAAGAAUCGCACAGAAGGCUGACUUGAGCAAUGAUAAUUUGUUGGUUAAUUUUCUCUAAGGAUCGUGUUUCUUCCCGAGCCUGUGUGUUGAAUGCUCUAGAUCUAAGGGCUGCCAAGUGGGAAAAGAUACGUAUGCGCAAUUAACAGCUGCAAACACCACACAAUUGCAAAAAGAACCUGAGAAUAGAUCUCCUGGAACGAUAAAGUGUUGGUGUACUAUAUGAAGAGACCUCUUUCAAUUUUUCUAUCGCAAAAUCAGAUGGUGUUGAAGCAUUUUUUUGUGCAAUAAACUGACAAAAGGAU